AUGGGGGGCAUACGAGGCAAGAGCGCGCGUAAGCGCGCCAAGAUGGCGCAAAACUCGAAAACUUUCGACCGCAUCUCGGGACGGUUUUACGACGAGAAAGUGGCCAUGCCUUCGGGAAAGGUGAGCGAAGAUGUGAUGCUGAGCGCGCCGAAGUCGUUCAAGCGAUUUCUCGCCGCCAAAGCCGCGGCAGAGUCGCGAUCGAAGCGACGAGACCGCGUCGAAGACGACGAUAGCGAAGAAGAAGAACCGGCGGCGGCCAAAGAGAGAGGCGAAGAAAAGGUCGAUGACGUCGGCGAGGAGUCGUCGGAGGACGACAGGGGAGAGGCCACGAAUAGAAAUAUCAGCGGAGAAGGAGCACUGACCUCAGUAGCGCCACUGGUGCGAGCACAACCCGAUAAAGGGAACGCCACGCUGAGGGCGAUGGAUGAAAAAGCGGCGACGGCGGCGCGGGAGGCUGAGGCCGAGGCAAAGAAGAAAAAGAAGAAACAUCUUUCUCUAAGAGAGCGGAAAAAACGGGAUCGAGUGGCGUUGCGGGCGCAGAAAGAAGAAGAGGCAGAGUUCUUGCGAGGGGGUGGAAACACGGUGCGGUUUGGCGAAGUCGCCGAGGCGCCACCGACAAUUACGCUCAAGCGAAAAAGCGGAGGAAAGGGGGAAAAGGAGGUUCCGAUCGCGCAGAGUGGGCAUAAAAUAGUCGAAAUUGCCGAAAAUCAAACCGGAGGGAAGUCUAAUAGGCAGUCGAAAAUAUUUGCCGACCUCUUGAGCGCUGCAAAAGGAUCUUCGGCGAAGAGUAAGAAAAAGUCUGAGACACAAGGGCUCAAACGUACGGCGGAUUUAGCGGCGUUGCGGGCGCAAGUGAUCUCAGAUUAUCGUUCGAUGAAGGGUCGCCCCAUGAAUAACGGGCGCAACGUCAAGCUCGCGAGUAACCCGACGAAACUUUUCCAGUCUGGCGCCGGGUCUCUGCAAGGCGUCGGGGGUAUCAGCGCCGCGCAACUUCGCAAGGAUCGUCGAUGA